UUCCUCGAUCACCCAGAAAGGAAGAACGUUGCGUGAGCGGUGCAUGCAGACAUGGCGCCCCAGACCAGGGUUGUGUACACCAUCGGGACACUUGACACCAAGGAGGAGGAGAUCCUCUAUAUUGCAGAUGUCCUCAAGACGGCGCUGGCCACAAUGCAGGUUGCACAUGUGAAGGUGGCCAUCAUCGACGUUUCAGCAGGGCACGAGAGGCCCCCUAGCGUGGCAAUCACGCCGGCUGAGAUCAUCGGACGCCUUGAAUUGUUCAAGUAUCACCCCGAUGCAAGCAGGAGGGAUGCGUCGAAGUUGCCAAUGGACAGGUACCAGGCAGUGGCGGCAGUGGGAGAGGCACUUGAAGCAUUUUUGAAGGCAAAGCAUGAGGAGGGCCUCAUAGUGGGUUCGAUUGGGGCGGGUGGCAGUGGGGGCACCUCCCUCAUUGCCCCUGCUCUCAGGGCCCUCCCUGUGGGCGUGCCAAAGGCCAUCGUCUCAACAGUGGCGAGCGGCCACACUGCACCAUACGUUGAGGGUACAGACCUGGCGCUAUUCCCGUCGGUGGUGGAUGUUGCGGGCCUCAACAGCGUGUCCAGAGUAGUCCUCAGCAACGCAGCCUGGGCACUGGCUGGCAUGGUGGCGGGGCGUGUGGCGGCCGGCAGCACCCCCCCCAAGGACCCCAAGCCGACCAUCGGGCUGACCAUGUUUGGGGUGACGACCCCCUGCGUGGACGCCGUGCGGAAGCGGCUCGAGGCAGACGGGGCGGAGACCCUCGUGUUCCAUGCCACGGGGACGGGAGGCAAAGCGAUGGAGAAGCUCGUGAGCCAAGGACUAAUACAGGGCGUGAUCGAUGUGACCACCACUGAGGUGGCGGACUACCAGGUCGGAGGCGAGAUGCCGUGCGACCGGUACCGCUUCGAGGCGAGCAUCGAGAAGGGGAUCCCUCUGGUUGUCAGCGUGGGCGCGCUGGACAUGGUCAACUUUGGCGCAAAGGACACCGUGCCGGAGCAGUUCAAGCGACGCAAGCUCUACGUGCACAACCUGCAGGUCACCCUGAUGCGCACAAAUGCUGCCGAGAACCGUGCCUUCGCUCACGUGAUUGCCAACAAGUUGAACAAGUCGACCGCGCCCGUGACGAUCCUGCUCCCCGAGAAGGGCGUGUCCGCAUUGGACUCCCCCGGAAAGCCUUUCUACGAUCCGGAAGCAACGGGUUCCCUCUUUGACGAGCUGGAAAAGAGGGUCGUCCAGACGGACACGCGCAAGGUGAAGCGCCUGCCGUACCACAUCAACGACCCCCGCUUCGCCGCCGGCCUCGUGGAUGCCUACUACGACAUUGCGGGCUCCCCCAAGAAGGAGGACGACGGCUUCUCCUUCGCGUCCCUGGGGGGAGACUCCGGCCCCGCACCCGAACCCCUGGCGCAGUUCCCCAAGACACUUGCCCCCCCGAAACGAAACCGGGCGCCCCUUGACCUGAACACGCUGAGAGGAAGGGUGUUGCAAAAGUUGAGAGACGUGGUGGACGAGGGGCUGCCGAUCAUAGGGGCGGGGGCGGGGACCGGGUUGAGCGCCAAGAUGGAGGAGGCCGGGGGGGCAGACAUGAUCAUCAUCUACAACAGCGGUCGCUUCCGGAUGGGCGGGAGGGGUUCGUUGUCGGGGCUGAUGCCGUACAAGGACGCGAACGCAGUUGUGGUGGAGAUGGCGGACGAAGUGCUGCCGAUUGUGAAGUCGGCGCCGGUACUGGCGGGCGUGUGUGCAACGGAUCCGUUCCGGCGGAUGGACAAGUUCCUGGAGCAGCUGCAGGGGAUGGGCUUCGCGGGCGUGCAGAACUUCCCCACCGUCGGCCUCAUCGACGGCACCUUCCGCCAGAACCUGGAGGAGACCGGCAUGGGCUUCGGGCUGGAGGUGGACAUGAUUGCGCGCGCGCACAAGAUGGGCCUGCUCACCACGCCGUACGCGUUCGACGAGGAGCAGGCCAGGGCCAUGGCCGAGGCGGGCGCAGAUAUCGUGGUGGCUCACAUGGGGUUGACUACGGCGGGUUCCAUUGGCGCCAAGACCGCCGUGACGCUAGAGCAGAGCGUAAAACGGGUACAGGCCAUCAGCGAUGCCGCGCGAGACGUCAACCCGGACAUUCUCGUGCUCUGCCACGGGGGUCCUAUCAGCAAGGUUGAGGAUGCCAAGUAUGUCCUGCGGUUGACGCAUGACGUCCACGGCUUUUACGGGGCGUCCUCUAUGGAGAGGUUGCCGGUGGAGACGGCAAUUGCCGACUGUGUAAAGUUGUACAAAGGGAUCACCCUGUACGAUUCGGACGAGGAAUCUAACCAUGUAUGAUAUUGUCAAGGUCAAGGUCAGAUGAGUUGCAACUGUAGAGAUAGGCCCGAAAGCGAGGUGCCUUUUGUGUCCGCAUGCCGUCUUACUGUGUCACCCGUUGAGAAGCACGCGAGUAAGCCGCCAGCAAAGCUUGUAUCAGUAGACACCAGAGGUUUAGAAAGAAAGAUAGAUUUCACUCGUCAGUUGAUGAGCCAAAUAAGGGAGAGCGAAUGAGUCCUUGCGAGCCUUCAAAGUUAGUGCACCAGGAUGAGUCUUCGUAGAACUCAUGGUGAAGCGUUACUUACAAAUGCAACAUCGUGACUCCAAAGAGAUCAGCUAAUCAUAGCCUCUUGCAAAUUCUUGGAUGCCCAC